UUGCUACAAUAGCCAGUCAUGUUCACAUUCAAUAGUUGUCUUCUUCUCUAAACCAGAAGCCUUGAGACAUUUUAGAAGUCAGCUAACUCUGUAUGAACAACAAGAAGUUAAAGACUACAAGGAGCUGUGGUAUCUCGGGCUAGGAGCUAAGAAGAUCGAAGGACACCCUGACGCAGAGAACAAUAAUUCCUAUGACGACGAUCAUGGCUCUUACAAAAAAAUUAUAAGUGACCAUAUUGCAUACAGAUACGAAAUAUUGGCUAUCAUUGGGAAAGGAUCAUUUGGGCAUGUCGUGAAGUGUCUGGAUCACAAGACAGGUGAAAAGGUGGCCGUGAAAAUAAUACGGAACAAAAAGAGAUUUUAUAACCAGGCCCUGGUGGAAGUCAACAUUCUUGACACCCUUCGCGAGAAGGAUGAAGACAAUACGUACAACGUAGUCCACAUGAAAGAAUAUUUUUACUUCCGUAAUCACUUCUGCAUUUCUUUUGAACUAUUAGGUAUAAAUCUGUAUGAAUUAAUCAAGAAAAAUAAUUUCCAAGGCUUCACCUUGAGUCUGAUUCGUCGGUUCACUCAGUGUAUAUUAAGAUGUUUACAAUUGCUGUAUACAGAGAAAAUUAUCCACUGUGAUCUAAAGCCCGUAA